AUGGCCCAACGUCUCGGGACUGUGACGGCGCCUUCGUCCGUCCUCAUGUCCGAGCCGUCAUACGAGCUGGUUGUCUCGAGUUGUUGCUCUGGGAAGGAUGACGGGGGAUGA